CUACCUCCCCUGCCAUUUAAUGGAUGUGCAUCCGAGGGACAGAAAGCAAGUCUCGCUUCACUGGAUGCUCCAGCAGCGCUGUCCCAGGGCGCACAAUUACGCACGGCUAAAGAACUACAAUAACAAGCUCACCUUCCGAUAUUCAAUAUCCGUUUAUUCUGAUGUAUUUUUGCAAUAAUUAAGCGGAAACUUUCUAUCUAUCUUUCUGCGAGGUCUCCUAAAAGUGAUGAUUGCGGAACCAGCGUAAACUUCUCGUCUCUGGUGUCUUCCGUCUCCAUUCAAUCCUACAUUAAAGAUGCACAUCCUCUUGUACUCAGCUGUGUUCCUGUACCUGAAGGAGUCCGCCUUUGCAGAAGCCAACGACAAGUGUCCGACACGGUGCGACGUGAGUACCUGUCCGAGCCCCGGCUGCCCCAGCGGCUACGUGCCGGAUCGCUGCAACUGCUGCUUGGUGUGCGCCCAGGCGGAGGGAGAGCCGUGCGGCCGGAAGGACGACCUGCCUUGCGGUGACGCACUGGAGUGCAAACACCCGGCGGGCAAGCGGCUGUCCAAGGGCUUCUGCCGGUGUAGGUUCCGCCAGGACGUGUGCGGCAGCAACGGGAAGACGUACCGCAACGUGUGCCAACUGAAGGCCACCAGCAGAAAGGCGCUGCAGCAAGGACUGCCUGGAUUCACCCAGGUCCACAAGGGACCGUGUGAGAACGGCACAGGUCCUUCUCAUGCUGACAGUCCUCGUUACAAGUUCAACUUCAUAGCUGACGUAGUGGAGAAAAUCGCCCCUGCUGUGGUCCACAUCGAACUCUUCCUCAGACAUCCACUCUUCGGUCGGAACAUCCCUCUGUCCAGUGGAUCUGGGUUUCUGAUGUCAGAUAACGGACUGAUUGUUACGAACGCCCACGUGGUGUCCAGCACCACACCAGUGUCCGGUCAACAGCAUCUCAAGGUUCAGAUGCAUGACGGUCAUGUAUAUGAAGCUAACAUCAAAGACAUUGACAAAAAGUCAGACAUUGCUACUAUCAAAAUCAAUUCACAGAUGAAACUGCCCAUAUUGUUCCUGGGACACAGCGCAGACCUGAGGCCAGGGGAGUUUGUGGUUGCCAUCGGCAGCCCCUUCGCCCUCCAGAACACCGUCACCACCGGCAUUGUCAGCACCGCCCAGAGAGAUGGCAAGGAGCUGGGCCUCAAGGACUCCGACAUGGACUACAUCCAGACGGAUGCUAUAAUCAACUAUGGCAAUUCAGGAGGACCUCUUGUCAAUUUGGAUGGCGAAGUGAUUGGCAUCAACACCCUGAAGGUUGCUGCUGGAAUCUCAUUUGCCAUUCCUUCUGACAGGAUCACUCUCUUCCUCAAUGAUUCACUUGACAAGCACAACAAAGAUAUAAGGUCAAUAAAGAAACGUUUCAUUGGAAUCAGCAUGCUGACCAUCACACCGGUGUUAAUUGAAAAGCUUAAACAACAGAACCCAGAUUUCCCCGAUGUUACCAGUGGGAUUUAUGUUCAUGGAGUUGUGCCUCACUCACCUGCACAGAAGGGCGGUAUCAAAGAUGGCGACAUUAUUGUGAAACUGAAUGGUAAACCUCUGAUGGCCACUGCCGACCUGCAGGAAGCACUGCAGGAGGAGACAGCCCUGCUGCUGGAGGUCAGGAGAGACAACGACGAUCUGCUAUUCAACAUCGAACCAGACGUAAUCAUGCAGUAGACAUCGGGAGCGCCUCGGUGAUGUGGAGUUAGAUCAACUUGUAAGGCCUUAUUUUUGUGAGAGGACACAGUGGAUGGUGGAAGCUCUGCAUCAGUGCAGUGGAACCUUUGUCGAGCGCACACGUAUUCUGGUACUUUGGCACCUGGCUAUAAACUGUAUAAUAGGAAGAGAAGCCUGUGGGUGACAUGGUGCAAUGCAUGGAUGAUUCCCUAUCCGGAAUGGAAAGCUGUGCCUUCCAUCUGCUCAGACCAGGUCAACGUUGGAACGGAUGCAGCUAAAGAAUUGCAUAAACACAAACCUAUAAUAUCGGAUAUAUUUCACUUGAUAAUACAUGUUUGAACCAUAGGGAUUUACUGUAACUCCUACAUCUUAUGUAGGUAUGAAGCAAUAAUGGCUGUUUGGCAGCAGCUGGUGUUUUGCACCACAGAUACUUAAAAGCAACAUUGUUGAAUGUAAAGAUGAUUUGAUCAUUUCCUAAUAUUGUAUUGUCUAAAGGAUUGUGAUGGUAGUGAAUUUGCUCUAACAUUGUUUUCUUACAAAAUCACAACAUACAAAUUUGCCUCAGCUUUACAGUCUGUACAUAUGCAAUUAUGCUGGACGGCCCCUGACCUCAACAAGGGUGUUUAUAAUUAACCACGGUUAAUUAAUUAAGGUACUUUCAACGGCGUUACAGUUCGAGGGCGUCGUUAGGCCCAUCGCUUAGCCAGCGACAUUAUAAAUAGUAAGUAAAUAGCUGCCUUCCAGCACAAAAUAGUUUGUAGUCACCAAACGUUGUGUAUCACAUUUCGGUAGCCCAGAGAAAAUUGUCCCUGUGUAGCUAUGCAACAGACAAACAGCAGUUUGUUGAUGAUUAGCAGGGAGAUCGACAUUCAUUUGUGCAUCUUCUGAAAUGAUGCCGUGCCUCCUUGCAAGAUCUCGCACCAUCUCAUUGAUUCACAUAACCUAAAUUAACCAUCUGAGUUUUCACAUCAUAGGACGCUAAGGCAUUAGUAUGUUUGGGUGCUUGUCUGAUCAUCUACAACAUUUCUGAAACCAGAGGUGUCAACUCAAGUCACACGACUAUGACUCGAGUCAGACUCCAAUGAAAGAUGUGAUGAAUUUGAAAAGGAUAAAAAAAAAAAAGUCUUUCAACUCGACUUGGACUUCAACACCAAUGACUCACACCAUUGGAUCUGAAAAUGGUUAACUACUGCCAAGCUCAAAGAGAACAAAUUAUGUCAUUUAAAAAGCUUACAUAGAAAUGUGAUCAACUUCCCGAUACUGCAGAUAAUUCGGACCACUUUGGGGAAACUGGGUUCAUUUACUUUUUGAGAAAUUCUUGGUCAAUUUGUUGUUUCUUUGGAACACACUCAUGAAGACAUAAUUAAACAAACCAUUUUUGUGUGUUUUGCUCUCUACAUUAGCUUUGGUUAUCCACCAAAUAAAGUUUUUACAAAGUAACUGUCUGAAAUAUUUG